AAACCAUUUCGCUGUCUAGCCAGACAGUUGUUUAAGCAUUGUGUUUGAAUUGAGUGAGAAAAGUUACAGAAAAAUUGUUUUCGCAAUUCAUUAUGGAUCUGAAUAAGAAAACCUAUUUUCUCAUAACUGGCGCCUCGCGAGGCAUAGGCAAAUCCAUGGCUUUAGAGAUAGCAUCGAAACUCAAAGCUGGCUCGGUAAUCUUACUAAUGGCUCGCAAUUUGGAGGCUUUACAAAAGACCAAAUCUGAGAUUGAAUCGAAACGUAGUGACGUCACAGUGCAAGUGAUCUCCAUUGAUUUGUCAACAGCAAAAGCAGUACAAUUUCAGAAAAUAAUAAGCGGCUCACUGGUUCAAAGUCAACAGGAGGUAAGCAGUUUUGAUCGGGCCUUCAUUAUACACAAUGCCGGUACUUUGGGAGAUGUUACCAGAAAGGCCCAGGAAAUGGGCGAAACCGAAUUAUGGACUCAAUACUACCAUACAAAUGUCUUUGCCACCAUAGCAUUGAAUGUGGAAUUCUUUAAGGUUUUCCCAACGGUUCCCAAAUUGGUGGUCAACAUAUCAUCGUUGUGUAGCAUUGAACCUUUUAUCUCCAUGAGCUUGUAUUGCUCGGGCAAGGCAGCACGGGAAAUGUAUUUCAAAGUUUUGGCUGUAGAAGAAAAGGAUAAUGACACCUUAGUGCUGAAUUAUGCUCCUGGCGCCAUAGAUACAGACAUGACCAUGAUCAUACAGGAGGAUAGUUUCAACCUGGAUCUACAGGAUGCCUUUAAAACGCAAAGAGAUAAUCGAACCAUGCUGACCACACAACAGACUGCGGAGAAGUUUAUUAAGGUUUUGGAGGAGGUUUCAUUUGAGACCGGAGCCCACAUUGAUUACUACGAUUACGAUUGUUUUGAUAUUGUGCCCUGAUGCGUUGAUACAUUCAACAGCGGGGAUUGACAAAAUAUUUAUUGAAUAAAACCGGUUAAAAUUUACAAUUGUGUGUUACAGUCAUGCAUUAUAUUGGCAUAGUAAUAAGUACAGGUUAAUUAAAACACGAAUAUUUAAAUGUGAUUAUUUUGUGCUGAUAUGUCUUUUUUUUUAUUUGCUAAUGUGGCAGUAAACAAAUUAAGUCAUUUUCAUGACUCCCAUUAUUUGUAGGUGUAUUUAAGGCGAUUUACAACUACAAAAAUAAAGUAGAACUUGAAAAUGG